AUCCCAACUCAAAGCUAUCCCUCUCAUUCAAACUCGAUCCCAAAGCACCUAUCUCUCUCUCUCUCUCUCUGAGGUAGAUAGACAAAAGACUUUGUAAUAAACUUGUUGGAGGAAAAGCAGAAGCUCAGAUGGUGAAGAAUAUGCGCUACUGAUCGAGUCCAUGGAAAAGAAACAAGAGCUAAAGACGGAGAAUUCAAUGUCAAAUUCUGCAUUUUCCGACGAGAUUCCGGGCAGUCUAUCUUUACCAAGCAUCUUCGACAUGCCAUGUGAUCAGAGUCAUGACCAUCAAAAGGGGUUGUCUUUAGGCUUCAUGGACAUGCUGAGCAUCCCUGCAGACUAUAACCCAUCUUUAUUCGAUUUGUUUUCAACACCGACGAUGAUGCCUCAGCCCCAAGUUCAACCGCAACAAGAACAACCGCUUCCAUCGACUGCCUCUACGGUUCCUGAGUCCUCCGAGGUGGUGAAUACUCCGGCGACACCGAACUCUUCGUCGAUUUCUUCGUCCUCAAACGAGGGACAAACUAAGGUUGGUGGAGAAGAGGAAGAUCAUGACCGAGAAAAGACAAAGAAACAGUUGAAACCCAAAAAGAAGAACCAAAAAAGGCAAAGAGAACCCAGAUUUGCGUUCAUGACAAAGAGCGAGGUUGAUCAUCUUGAUGAUGGGUACAGAUGGAGAAAGUACGGGCAGAAAGCUGUGAAGAAUAGCCCUUAUCCAAGGAGCUACUACCGUUGCACCACUGCUGGAUGUGGAGUGAAGAAGAGAGUAGAGCGUUCCUGUGACGACUCGUCGAUUGUGGUCACGACCUACGAAGGACAGCACAAGCAUCCGUGCCCGGUGACACCUCGCGGAGGUAUCGGAAUUGCGACGGAAGCCGCUGGCUUCAGCACCUUUGCUUCGCCAUUUGUUCCUCAGCCUCAGUAUCAGCAACAGCAACAUCCUUAUAUAUAUAGCUUACAGCCGCGUUUGAAUGUCAGCACCAGUACUACUAAUUUGAAUCCCUCCUUUCCUAGUUUUGUUCAAGAUCAGAGACGUUUCGGUACAUCCUCGGCAACUUUCCUUAGAGACCAUGGACUUCUGCAGGACAUCGUGCCGUCGCAGACGCGUAAGGAUCAGUUUAAAGAGGAGGAGUAGAUUAAUUAAUGGUUGAUUUGUCUUCUAAUGGUAUGUAAUUCGCUGACUCAUGAGGGUUUGGUCUUCAGGGAAGAACCCAGUUCACCGUUUCAUAUAGAUAUAUAUCUACUAAUUAUGGAUUAUCAUGACAGUAAAAUGACUAGUCUUUGACGGGACUCGCGCGGCGCUUUAUGUUGGUUCUUUUUUUUAUUUUUUUGUAAUUCUUUAAUUUGUACUUAAAGAUUCUUCAACUUUGGAGAUAUAUUUGUAUCUUUUCCCUCC